GCCGCCCGCCGGGAGGAGACGACAGCCGCCGCCGCCGCCGCCGCCACAGGGACCCCGAGAGAGGAGGAGGAGGAGGAAGAUGAGCGGCCCGACCGUCGCCCUGCGCGGCAUCCUGGGACUCUGCCUGGCCGCCCUCUACAGCGCGCUGGUGGGCGCCGACCCCAGCGCCGACAUCAAGGCCCUAGCAGACGUCACCGUGUCCCGGCUGGAGGCGUUCCCCGAGGUGACCAUGAGUAUCAGCGGCUUGGAGUUCAUCCCGGAGGCGUCCCCGGCCCCCCAGCUGGGGCCCAUCGACCAGGCCCUCGGCGUCUUCCAGGAGGUCCUGGGCCAGAUGCUCGCCCACGAGCCGGCCGGGCAAGUGCUCAACGACGUGGAGAACCUGCGGAGCCUCCUGCAGCGCAGGGCCAGCGCCCUGGGCUGCGCCCUCGACACCCCUUCCUCGCAGGUCGACCAGGGCCAGCUCCAGGCCCUCCUGGCCGACUCCGCCUUCAGCGUCGUCACAGCCACCUUCAACCGGCUCCGGGGCCUCCUGCGCUUCCUCAUCGGCCACAUGGACGAGGUCCAGAGCUGCUAGGAGGGGGGCGCGAAGCCCACCCACCCCCGCGCCAGGGCCUGUCCCGGCCGGCCUCUCCCUGCGCCAGGGCCAAACUGUGGGCUGCUUGUGUAAAGUGCCGAGUCAAUAAACAAGAGCCAACACCAGUGUGUCCUUUGAGCUUAAAGACUUUUACAUCGUCGGCCGCCAGUGAGGAUCGACCAUCUUGAACUUUCUUAAGAUUGAACUGUAGAGCACCAUUUUAGUUAAAUCAAAUCAAGAUGUAUUUGAAGUUUUAAUGUAACAUGUGUUUUAUUCUCGGCGCUUGCCGCUUGUUUGCCGCCCUGAGCCGUACGGGUAGGGCGGGAUAUAAAU